AGACCGCGUGGGGAGCUGCGGCUCCAGGGAGCUCUGCGCUCCGAGCCACUGGGCGACGCAAGUUAUCUCCGGGGCCCGCGGACACCGUGCUGGACAAACCCCACUUUUAUUGCUGAGACGGCUACAAGAAGGUGCUUCAGAUAGAGGAAACUGUUUAACCAGAGAUGUGUCUGCCCCCGCGAACUCGGUUAAUUGUAUACAUCUACCUCAAAUAUCUACCUCCAUACGAAUGUCAAGCUUCAGGAUAAAAGAAUCAGAGUAUCUCAACCCUUGACAAGAGGACCAAGUGCCUUUAUUCCAGAGAAGGAAGUUGUCCAAGCAAACACAGUGGAUGAACGUACAAACUUUCUCGUGGAAGAAUACUCCACAUCUGGUCGUCUGGACAAUAUCACACAGGUUAUGAGUUUACACACUCAGUACCUGGAGUCUUUCUUACGGAGCCAGUUUUACAUGUUGCGCAUGGAUGGUCCCCUUCCUCUACCACACAGGCACUACAUCGCGAUAAUGGCUGCAGCUAGACAUCAGUGUUCUUACUUAAUAAACAUGCAUGUGGAUGAAUUUUUAAAGACUGGAGGUAUUGCUGAGUGGUUGAAUGGUUUGGAGUAUGUACCACAAAGACUGAAGAAUCUUAAUGAAAUAAAUAAGCUGCUAGCACACCGUCCCUGGCUAAUCACGAAAGAGCACAUUCAGAAACUUGUCAAAACUGGAGAAAAUAAUUGGUCUCUGCCUGAACUAGUUCAUGCUGUGGUCCUACUGGCACAUUAUCAUGCUUUGGCAAGUUUUGUUUUUGGCAGUGGCAUUAAUCCAGAGAGAGAUCCAGAAAUCUCCAGUGGAUUCAGGAUAAUAUCAGUCAACAAUUUCUGCGUUUGUGAUCUUGCUAAUGACAACAACAUAGAAAAUGCAUCCCUUACAGGCAACAACUUUGGGAUUGUGGAUUCUCUAAGUGAGCUGGAAGCCUUAAUGGAAAGGAUGAAGAGGCUCCAAGAAGAAAGAGAAGAUGAAGAAGCAUCUCAGGAAGAAAUGACCACUCGUUUUGAAAAGGAGAAAAAAGAAAGUCUUUUUGUGGUCUCUGGAGAUACUUUUCAUGCAUUUCCUCAUUCAGAUUUUGAAGAUGACAUGAUUGUAACAUCUGAUGUCUCUCGAUACAUUGAAGAUCCUGGUUUUGGGUAUGAAGACUUUGCCAGAAGAGGAGAAGAGCAUUUGCCAACAUUCCGAGCUCAGGACUAUACCUGGGAAAAUCAUGGGUUCUCCCUGGUGAACAGGCUGUAUUCUGACAUUGGACAUCUUCUUGAUGAGAAGUUUCGGAUGGUCUACAACCUCACCUAUAACACUAUGGCAACCCAUGAAGAUGUUGACACAACUAUGCUGCGCAGAGCUUUAUUUAACUAUGUUCACUGUAUGUUUGGGAUCAGGUAUGAUGACUAUGAUUAUGGAGAAGUUAAUCAGUUACUUGAACGAAGCCUGAAGGUUUACAUUAAGACAGUGACCUGCUAUCCUGAAAGAACUACAAAGCGCAUGUAUGAUAGUUACUGGCGUCAGUUCAAACACUCAGAAAAGGUUCAUGUUAAUCUACUUUUAAUGGAAGCACGGAUGCAAGCUGAACUACUUUAUGCUCUUCGUGCCAUAACUCGGCAUUUGACCUGAAGUAUCACCAAGGGACAGUGUCAUAUAUGUGUAAAGACUUUUUCACAUAUGAUUUACAUCAGAAGCUCUUUGAGAUAUAGCAUCAAAAUUAUUCAAUUCUCUAGUGUCAGAGUUUAGCUGUUUUUGUUUUUGUUUUUUUCCCUCGCUGUAAUGUGCAAUGAUGUGUUUCAUUUUUUCUUGAUGCUUAACAUUACUAACAAUUGCAAAAAUAAUACUGAGGAGCACUACUUUACAUUGUUUAUAGUUGGAUUUUUGGAACGUGGUUGUUAAUGCUAAACUUCAGUGUUUUGGAGUUUAUGUAUAUGUGUAUUUUUUUUUUUUUACUUUUUGGUUUAAAUAAGGAAAAGCGCUUACAAUCUGCUCACAUGAUUGUUCUUCAGAUAUUGUAAUUUAGCAAAGAAUGACUUCAUCUGGCCAUUCUAUAAUUUUCAUGUUGUGUCCUAAAUCUGGUAAAGGAAAAGCAUGCGCUGUUGAACCAAGCUGCUCACUGGACACAAAGUUGUGUCCCCAGGAGAUUAUUUGUCAGGCACUGUGUGUUUUCUUGUUUGUAGUUUUUUUUUAACUGCUAUUGGCGACAACGUGAAAUGUGAUACAGCCAUUGUCCAUAAUUUAAUGUGAACUUAAUCAUGAUGAAUUCUAUAGCAUGCUACUGAAAUACCAAAUUCAGCUAUUUUCUUUCUAUUUUACAAAAGAAGGUUCAGUUUUCCAUAUCAGAUAUAUAUAUAUAUAUGAAAAGUAGAAUUAUGCACAAUCCUUUCUAUCACUGACAACGAUCCUCAGUCUCCUUAAAUAAUCAGUGCUCACAGUGCUGCUCACAGUUCAUUCAAUCAGCACAUACAAACUUGUACCCACACAAGACUGACCAAAAAUUUUCUUUGCACAUUUUUCCUUUCUCAUAAGUUUUUCUGUGUUACAAUAAGCAAAGAAAGGUUAAUAUGCCUAUAUUUUUUGUUAGGCUUUUAGAAAUUAUUUUCCAUUAUUUUCUUCUUACAAUAGGUUAAACAGUUUAAAAUUCAAAGAUAAAAAUAGUGUUUCUAUGCAUUAAUGUGAUUGAACAACAAAAGAGUGCAAUAUGUUCUAAAAAAUACUCAACUAAACUUUUUCCCUAUCAUAUCACUGCAGAAGUGUCCUUUUAAACAGAGCCAUAAAGAAAUUUUACUCAAAUUUCUUUAUUGCACUAGGCUUUUUUUGUUUUACCUUACUGGGGUUGAAUAAUGUUCUUUGUAUAAUGCCAAAGCAUUCCCUUCCCCAGAAAAAUCUCUUUGGACAACUGGUUGAAAAAAGGUAUCAAGUCAUAGGGGAGGAAUAAGCAGCCAAAAAGUCACAGUUUUGCAUUGGUUUAUGUUGUUUGAUUAGACUAUCUUCAGAGAGCACAAUAUUAUGUGUUUAUAGCUUUAAUUUGUAUUAUGUUAGUGAACCAGUGAAGUGCCUAAAGAGAUGCUUACAACUAUCCAGUAGGACACAACUGUACUGCUUAAACACUUUUUGGUUAAUUAAAGGUGACUUGAAUUUUACACAUAUAUGGUAAUUUUUUAAAGCAUAUCCAUUUUUCCAUAGUAAGUAAUAUAGUUAAAUUUUUCCAUUAUAGUUGCCAUAGAAAUUUCUUCUAGAUUUAUUUUAUAGGAUUUACUUUUUUUCUCUUGUGAAAUAAUCAUGGGCUAGUGUUUUGUCAAAUCAUUUUCCCCUUCCAUUUAUCAUCCUUCUCUAGUACAAUACAUUAGGUUGCUUUCCUUUAGAUUUUGUUUCAGAUAGAAAAACAAAAAUGACUGUAAACAUAUUAACAUAAAGUAGUUCUGUGUUUUUGGAUUCAAGGAUCUUAUUUGAAACCUUCCAUGAGGAAAAAAAUGACUAAUAAUAUUUUUGAGGACAGGGUGGUUUAUUUAAAGAGAUGAUUCGAAGAACUCAUGCCAGAUCUCUUUUUUGUUUAUUGCAUAUACCGUAUGUUGAUUUUUUCAAUAUCACAUUAUAUAGAUAGGUAUUAACUACAAGGAAAGUUUUGAAGAGAAUGGCAGAACAUAGAUGGAAACAUAAAAGUCCAUUUAAUUUCCCUAACUUUAGGACUUUCAGGGUGAGGAUGUCUUUUAUUCUUGCAUUUUUUAUUAGAAUCUUUUAAAUCAAUAGCUCUAUCAUUUUGUGCAGGUGAACUGUAUUACAGGAUGAAAUAAAAUGAUUUGUAUGUAUUGAAUAGGAGGAGAAAUUCUCACAGAAACCAUAUGAGCUUUAGACCAAAAGGGGAAACAAGGUAUAAGUUACUAAAAUGGCCACUUUUUCUUCUUUUAUUUUUUCCCCCAGAAAUGUAAGUAAAGUUUGAGUUAUGGUAAUAAUUAGUGCCUUUAAUAGAUAUCUUUCCUAGCAAAAUUUCUUUUUGCUCAACAUUGAUCCAUCUCUUUAGUAAUCAGGAAAUUAAGUUGGCUAGGAACUAAAAACAAAAUAAAACAAUGUAUUUACAAGCCUCAGUAAACCAGCAUGACUUCUAAAGGUGCUCAUGCACCAGGUAAGAUGCAGCAGCAUUUGUUCCAGGCUGUGAAUCCCUUUUCACAAUGAGUUUGUUUUCAAUUCUCUCUAUCCAGUGCAAACUUGAAAUUUGAUUACAGUUUGCCAGGGUGGUAUUUUUUUUCAGAGUAUUGAAUUUAUUAUAUAGUAAUUUAUAGUGUAGCUUUUUAUAUUAAAAUGUAAUGUUUUUUUUAAAAGAUAUCUGGUUCAAUUGGUAUAAUAUGUGGUUAUAUGCUUAUCACCUUGGGAUCACAUUGUGCCAAACUUAAAUGUGCAAGUAUACAUGAAAAAAGCACACAUGAAUGUGAACUCUUUAAUUCCUUCCUCAUUGUGUUAAAAUCACUAAUAAUUCACUGAAAUAUAUGCUUGAAUAAUGUCUUAUUUACUUUGGAAUUUCAAAUUUUCCAGCUUUGAUGAUAAUUCUUAAUUUCUCAGAUCACCUUAAGAAAUAUCAAAAUAACCUCCCUUGUGAAACUCAGUCUGUUCUUUAACCCACUGGACUAUAGGAGGAGCCAGGCAGGUGCCUCACUGAACCCUUCAGAAUAGGCUUCCUCAGGUGGACUUGUGAGAAUUAGGGGAAAAGAGGCUUUUGAGACAAAACUCCUUCAUCUUUUUUUUAACUAGGUAUGUUGUCUCAGUCUCAGGAAGAAUUUGUCUCACUUGGGGUACUUUAAAUAAAAGAUGGCUAACAUGGAAUCUGGGUGUAUGGCUUUGGCCUUAUAUUAUGGUUUUAAACCCAAGUAAUGGCAAAGCAACACAGAACUGUUUUUAGAAUAGAAAACCAAAUGUAAGGUUUAUGUAAAAAUCAUAUAAAACUUGAACCAGAGCCCCUAUUUUAUUUGUGUUAUAAUGUCUCCUAAAGAUUUUUAAUACUUCUAAAGUUUAAUUAGUAUUAUUUCAGAGCAACGUUUUCCUUUCUGACUUUAUAAGGUUUUUAACCCAAAAUUUUAGAUUUUUAUUCCACAGCAAAAUAAAUUUAACAGCAAUUAAAGAUAUGUAUGUAAAAUAUUUCACCACUUUUAGGGUGCAUGCAUGUAUGAUGGUAAGACUCUUUUUAACUAAAAACAAUUCAUCAGGGAAAAAAGGGAAAUUUCAGUGCAUGUUAUAAAAAGGUUUGCACUGUGAUAGUAAAAUGAAGAUUUGUUUUUUGUUUUUCUGUUUUUGCUUAUGUUGUGUUUUGGAAGUCAUUUCUCUGGAUAGCGAAACCUUUGCUUUUUUACUUAGUAGAUCUUUUUGUCUCAUGCAAAUAGAUGGUCUUGCAUGGAGUUAAAAGUAUGCAAAAAUGAUGCUGUACAAGUAGUAUUUAUUUUCUUAGUACAGUUCAGUAGUAAACUGAAAGACCUGUGGCUCCUCUGUUCAGAUCAAAUUUUAAAUUACAUAAUUUGUAUAAUCAGAAUCUAUUCUAAGUGGCCAUCAUCCUAAACUGUGUUUCCCUAUUAUAUCUCUGUGGAGACUGAGAAUCAAAUUAAGUAGUCUCUCCUCAAAGCAGUACUGUAGCAUGAAUGUAUUUAUCUCAGUCAACAGAAUUUAAAUGACCACUGUAUGUGGAGCUUAUUUUGAUGCUCAUUUGGCUUAGUUAGCAGUAUCUGCUCAGGUGAGACCUAGAACAAAAAUAGCUGGGGGUGAGGUGGGUUACAGAGAUAGAGGUAUAUGUCAAGAUAGCUCUGUGAGGGAGGAAACGUUUUCAAAAAAUAUAUGGAACAUAAUGCUGAGAUGGUGGCUUUCCUCAGCAUCAUGCACCUAAUAUAAAGAAAACAUUUCUCUUGUGGGAGCUCCUACCUGCAUUUAGUCCUCUCUUUCCACCCUGUUUUCUCUUCCUCCAAGUGCCUCAACCUGUACACUCUCUUUCUCUUCCCUCAGCCUAUCUUGGUCUGAACACCUUUCACAAUCGAAACUAAACAUCACCAGCCACCUGCUGAUAGUCACCAGCAUUUACUUUUCUGAGUUAUGUUUUCUCCAUUCAUGAAGAUUAUGGCUUUGUCACAACUCCCUCUAAAUCCCUCAACCGUCCAUCUGUAUUUUGGCUGACUUUUGCCCUAGAUACCCUGUCAGAUGUUAUGCAAUGUCAAUGUAAUCUUGUCCACCCCAUUGUGUUUACUCUUUUCCCAACUGCCAAAAUAUCGUGUUCUCCUCUACCUCAUCCCCAAAUAGCCUAUAAAUUCAGAGUAUCCAGCCUUUUCAUGGGUUCACUCUCUGUUGUUCAAUAAUACUGCUUCCAUAUUUUAAAUAAGUCAUAAAAGAUUUUGCCUUCUAUCAAAGUAGGAAUCUUUAUAUUUAUACAUGAUACAGAAAUUGAACUAUUUCUACCAUGCAGAAUUUAGCAUUUAGCAGGAUUUUAAAGUGAUUAAAUUGCCAUCAUAACCUGGAUCUAUAUUAGAUAAUGAAUACUGGUGUUAGUCCAAGUUAUUUGAAUGUAAAGUAAAAAUUCUCUAGCAGUCCAGAUUGACCUGUAACCCUUUAGUGGAACAGGAAAUUUCUGGCAUAUAAAUGGAAUGAUGUUUCAGUUAUUUGUUUUAUUGGUGGUAUUUGGGCCAUGAGACACAUUUGUUGUAAGACGACAUUGAUAAGGGUGUUUAGAUGGUCUGACUGAAUCUCAGAACACCAUUAAAAUACCACAAAACUGGGUACCUAAGGGUUUGACUAGGCUUUCCUGGGUUAGACCAAACCUCUAGCCCCCAUCCAUACCUUGUUCUUAUGGAGGGAAGUAUCUUCUAUGGAAUGAAAAGAGAAUACAUUGACUUUGUAGUCUUUAUUCCCCUUGUUACACUUCAGACAUAUCCAGAUCAUACCAUUACAGACAAAAAUGCAAAUUCUUCUUCACCAGCCUGUGUGCACUCAGCAUUGUUUGAGAUUAAACUGCCUCGGGUUUCUAGCAUAGGACAUGAUUAUCUAUAGAUGGUUUUCUGACUUGAAGGCGAACCACUUGGUUAAAAGUAUAGAUUAAUAUGAAUUCUGGUGGUAUUUGCAUGUUUCCUAUCUUAGCCAUGAGCAACCUAACCUGAUACCAAUGUCCAAUAUAUCUCUUUAAAGGCCCAGAAGUGAACCAGUAGCCUACUUAAGAAAUAAGACUUGAAGGCUGAAAGAUUUAUUCAAUCAUAUCAUGAAAUGUUCACUCUGGCUUUAACCUAAUUAUGACUGCACCACCAUGAAGUAUAGAAAAAGAAAAUUAUAGAGGAAGAAGAGAGUAUCUGGUUCUUUUGAAUGUUUGUGAAAAUCUUUGAAAGAAUGCAGUGCUUGCUAUAAUAUAGCCUUUAGAACAAAUGCUCCAUUUUAUAGUCCUUAGAACAUCAUCAAACAUUAAUAAGUCUAAAUAUGAUAAAUAUAAUUUUUGGUAUAAAAAUUUUUGCUAAAACAAUCUAUUUUCUUGCACCCCUCAAGUUAACCUCUUAAAAAUGAAUGUAUAAUUUCUACAGAAAGAAUAUUACAGAGGAAGAAUCUUCAGUCUUUAGUGUUAAAAUAUUGUUCUCAGAUUCUGAUUAGUUAAGUGUAUACAUUAUGAUUCAGAAUGAGACUAAUUACACAUCUGUUUCUUAAAUUAAUCAGUCUUACAAAUUUUCAACUGGCUCCCCCAAGUCUGAUAAGAAAGGAUCAAAUGGUAGGCUAAAGGAAACGUAUCCAUUGGGUGGCCAAGAAUUUUCCUUUGGAAAGCUGAGAGACUGUUUUUUCCUUUUCUAAUCUCUCUGGUUCUUUUAAAUAAAAGUUGAGUUAAACGGUACCCUUGAUCAGCAAGGAAAGUGAUCCAAACUCUGUAUCUAGUACAAAUAUUUUCUUUGCUUUCAUAUAUCCUCUCUGGAGAGAAAGUACAAUUUUCUCUUUCUUCUUUCUCUUCACAUAUAACUCUUUUAGCCCAAAAUAAAAUAGAUACUGAAAACAAACCACAAGCCAUCCACAGGCAACCUGAGCAGAUAAACAAGAACCCUGUCAGGUCGCCUUGGAAUGUGGCCUUGUCUCUUGGAUUAGCUCCUUCAAACCUAAAAAUUACUUUCCUGGUCAUGGAAGAACUGGAUGUAUCCUUCAACUUAUGAAAUAGGAUUUGAACUUGAAAACUUUUUUUUUAAUCCUGAUUUUGCAGGGCAGCUACAUAAUGAAUGUAUAUAUUAAGACUUUGUAGCUGAAUUGCACAUGAAAUCAGAUUGCCAACUUCUUGACUUUCAAUUUUAGACAUCAUUUAAUCCUUGUGAGCAAUAUAUGUAGCAUGCUGUGAAACGUCUAUUAUAGUUCUUUAAUUCAUCAGUAUUAAUACAGAAUUAUCCUUUGUGUUCGUUGGUACUUUUUAUUCAAAGUAAUCAGAAGCUGUGAUGUUUUGCCUUUGUAGUCCUGUGCUUUGUUACUGUAAUUUUUUUUCUUUUUUUACAAAGCACGUGACUUUUGACUAAUGUAAGGCAGAUGACAUGAUCUUUAAGACUGCUCUAUAUAUCAGUCUCUUACUCUAUAAAGUUUUAAAUUAGAAUAAGCUUUAUCAAAUAGAUCAUUGAUGCAAUUUAGGAUUCACACAAGUUCAGUGUCAAAUGGCAGUCUUAUCUUUAUAGUUUCAAUUCUAAAAAUAGCAAACUUAAUAAACAGCCACUUUAAACUUGUUCUGGCAAACCAGACCCUGCUGUAGAUAUAGUCUAAGGUAGUUAACCAUAUAAGCCUUUUCAACUCUUAAUGCCCUCCACAUGAGUCAGCAGUUAAGGAGAUUAUAGAACCAUGGAAGCUUUUUGUAAGUAUAAGUAGGUUUUAUUUUUCUUAUGUUGCUGAUUUUACAAUUCUGACUAAAGCUGACCUGAAUGGAUCAGUUUAUGUGUAAUAUUCUAGUGCUUUAAUGCCUUUUUUUUUUGGAGGGAUGGGUAAUAUUAUUUGAACAGAUGCAGAAGGAACUGUUAAUCAAGACACACACAUUUGAAAUAAAGGAAUUGUGUAUUAACAUGUUAACAAUUCAUAACUGCACUUUUUAUGACAUUUUGAAAAUAUUUAUAGGUACAGAACAAUGGGUUUUUGUUAAACUGUAUCACAUUUAUACUUGCAGAAAUUUAUUUCAUUGUUAUUAGUAGGAAUUUUAUUGGUUCAAUAAAAUUGGCAAAACUGAACUCUCA